AUGUCAGGUUCAAGGGACCGGUCCAUGCCGCAGGACCUCAGACACUCGGAGGACAGACGACGACACAGGACGAGCUCAAGAUCGCCUGAUCGCUCACAUCACCCCAAGAGCUCACGCGACGAUGAGAGACACAGCAAGCAUAGGGACUACCGAGAGCGGGAGGAUCGCCAUGAGAGGAGCCACCACCACGGGGCCUCAGAGAGGUCCAAGCACGGCUCGGAGCGCAAGCACAGGCACAGCGAAGACCCGGACGCCUCAUCCAAGUCCCACCACAAGCGCCGCCGGAGACGCUCUCGCUCCCCGCCCGGCUCGCGCGCCCUAGAGAAGCCUUCUUCUUCUUCUUCAGCAGCAGCAGCAGUAGCGACCAUGGCGGCGGCGCCGGCGCCGCUGCCCUUCGACGCGCGGGCCCUCUCGCGCGGGGACUACGCCGCCUUCGAGCCGCUGUUUGCGCACUACCUCGGCCUCCAGAAGCAGCUGUACCUGCCGGACCUGGACGGCCGCGAGGCGAGGGGCCGGUGGAAGAGCUUCGUGGGCAGGUGGAACCGCGGGGAGCUGGCCGAGGGCUGGUACGACCCGGAGAUGUUUGCGCGGGCGCGCGAGCUGGCCGAGGAGAACGGGGUCGGGGCGGCGCCGGGGAGGAAGAUCGCUGGAGGUCGUCAAGGCGGUGAUGACGAUGAUGAUGAUGGUGGUGGUGGCGACGGCAAGCAUGCGGAGAGCAGGAGAGAUGGCGACGCCCGGCGGGAAAAAGACGACGGCGACGAAGAAGAAGAAGAAGAAGAAGACGAGUGGGGCCCGACGUUACCCGGGGCAGCAGCAGCAACGUCCACCAGCAGCAGCAGUAGACGCGGGCCCGCCAUCCCCAGCAUGCAGGACCUGCAGGACCGGCGCGAGCAGGACGGGGAGGACCGCCUCGCGCGCGCCGACGCCCUGCGCCUGGCCCGGAGGGCCGACCGCGCCGAGCAGAAGGAGCGGCUGGACGAGCUGGUCCCGCGCGCCGAGCCGGGCACCCGCGAGCGGCGGCUCGAGAAGCGCGCGGCCGUCAACGACAAGAUGCGCGCGUUCCGGGACGCCUCGCCGGGCGGCAAUGCCGUCGACGACGCGGAGCUCAUGGGCGAGGGGGGCGACGGGGGCGGCGGGAUCGAAGAGCACAGGAGGGCCGUGGCCGCGGCGGCGCGGCGGCGCACGGAGCGCGAGAUACGGCGCGAGGAGGCGGACAGGGCGAGGGCGGAGGAGCGGGAGGAGAGGAUGCGGGAGUACCGCGAGCGCGAGGAGGCGACGGUCAGCAAGCUGAGGGAGCUGGCGAGGGCGAGGUUCGGGUGA